AUGAAGUGGUCCACGGGGGCCACUAGCAGGGAAGCUUUAGCUAGGAAGCUGAAGUCGGACCGUCGACUGGCGGCAAAAUUUGUAGAACGCUACGAUGGUAAGCAUGCUGGUCAGGUGUCUGAGCAGCAUGCAAACACGCUCGAAUGGGCUAAGAGGAUUCUGAGUGAGAGCGAGACCGAUAGGUCACGACUCGAAACGAAGAUACCUGAACCAGCGGUUAAGCGGCAAAGGUCGCAUGAGGGAGAAACCUCCCUUGGUAAGAAACCGCGAACGGGGGCUGCGCCAACUUUUAGCGAAAUCGCUAAAAGCGCUGGCGCCAGAGUACUUGGUGUGCUCGACCGUAGCAGGGAGGACGGUGCCAUCUCCCACGAAGAGUGGAAGAGAGUAGCGGGGGCUAUCUCUUCAGUCUUCCUCAAGGUGGUUAAGGGAAACCCGGGGCCACCCCCAAAAUGUGUAAGUGCCGGUUGGCACCAUGGGCUGCACAAGCUGACAAGGUGUGCCGAUGAAAGAUCGGCCAUCUUAUAUAAGAAGGCAGUAUCUCAGGUGGGGGAGGUAUGGAAGGGAGCCAGACUGGAGGCCGUGGACAAAGCGGACCUUCUUCUUCGACCUAGGGCUCGCGUCUGGUUGCCGGCUGAACCUUCCACCGCAAAUGAGAUUGAGGAAAUCCUCAAGUAUUGCAACCCCUCACUUCCCACGCAUGACUGGAGGGUCAUAAGGCUGGAGAGCACCGAUGAACCAUAUCGGCAGGCAUUGAUAAUGCUUAACGAGGAGUCCAUCGGUCCUCUCAGUAAAACCAAGGGAGCCAUCAGCUAUGGUUUCGAAAUGGUGGUGCUAAAGGUACUCCCAACGAAUACCAGGGCGGAUGGCACCCAAGCUGCAGAUGCGGGGGAGAGGGCAGACGGCGUUAGCGAUGGUCGAACGACCAUGGAAAAUGACCCAAACCUCUCGGACGUGGCGAGUUCUGGAGGCGGUUCGUCGAUUGGCGAUUCCGUCUUCAGCCUCGAACAGCUGUCGGCGCUCCUAGAGGAGAGUCUGAGGGAUGAAAUUCCUCCAGAUUAA